AUGUCUAUCGGUAAAGAGUCGACCGACCAAGGCCACUUUUGCCAGCCCUGCCAGAGGAAUUUCCCACAUGCGCAGGCUCUGCGUAUGCAUCGUGAGAUGUCCAAGGAACACCGGGGUACCAACUCGAGUCCUUCUAAGAGUACCAACCCGGAAUCCAGAUGCGAGCUCUGCAACAAGUCCUUCAAGAGCCAGAAUGCACUGGAUGAUCAUAUCCGAGACUCGGUGAGCCACAAGACCACAUCGAACCCUGCCCCUCUACCUAAGGUCUGGGGAAACUGGUCUGCCAUACCCUUUGCCGAACGAGACUCACUGUUAACUACGCUUCGAGUAGAAUGUCACUCCACCGAGUCUCUUUCCCAACAAGGCUUCUGGACCCAAAUUCCGAGCGAGAAGGAUCUCGACAUGAAGAAGAAGUGCAAGAACUGCGGAGAAAUGAAAAAGAAACUUCGAUCCUCAACAUGCCGAUUCCACCCUGCUAAGAAAGCAUUUGAAAAAGGCAUAAUGCAAGGCCGAGGCACCAACGCCGCAGCCCGAAAAGCACCAUGCGUAAAGUGCAACCAAAUCGGAAACUAUGGAUGCAUCGCCCUGACCACACACGACUUUGCGCUUGCAGACCCAAAGCUCGCGCACAUGAAACCCAGUCCGAGCCCUAAAUCUAACCGUAACGCCCGCAAGGCAGUAGUGCUAGACUGCGAGAUGGUCGGCGUCCUCGGGCCCAACAACGGCCAAGUCAGCGAAGCGAUCCGCGUCAGCGCGGUGGACUUCUUAUCCGGGGAGAUUCUCAUCGAUACGUACGUUGAGCCCGCAGAGAGGAUUAUUGCCUGGAGGAGCCAAUAUAGCGGAGUGACGCCGGCGCUGUUUAAAGACAUGAAGCGGCGGGGGCGGACGGUGCGAGGGUGGAGAGCGGCCAGGGAGUUGGCUUGGAAAUAUAUUGACCAGGAUACGGUUCUCAUGGGCCAUGCGCUGCAUAAUGACCUGGCUGUUUUGGGGAUUGUUCAUGGUAAUGUUGUUGACUCGGCGAUUCUGACGCGUGAUGCGGUGGGUUGUGGGUGUCGGCGAUCUUGGGCGCUCAGGACGCUAACGUCGGAGUUUCUUGGUCGUGAGAUUCAGACGGGGUCUAGUGGGCAUGAUUGUUUGGAAGAUACCUUUGCAGCAAGAGAGGUGGUUCUUUGGUGUUUGCGGAAUGAGGACAGGCUGGAGGAGUGGGCGUCGUGUCACCGUGAAGAGUGGUCCAUUGUUGAUGGGUUGGAUGAGUUGGAUCUUAACAAAGAGUCUAAUGAGGUUGAUACUCAGGAUUUUCUUUGA